UAAUAACAUGUAUAUUACUUUACUGGUGUCCAUUACAUGCUGGGCUCGUCGUACCAGUGAAGAAUCAAAAUACUUAUUUAUUUAAAUCGUUCAGGUCCAGUUGACUUAUUAUCGCAUUCAGAGCUCGGGGUUAAAAACACCAUGAAAGGCGAAAUAAUGGAAUUUUUAUAUUUUCAUUGUCUGUGACCAGUUUUCAUUCGUGAACAUUAUUAAUGCACAAAGUGUCCACGGACAUGAACACAUGAUUCACUUAUUACAGUUAAAUUUUGAGAUAUGAUGACUACCAUUUGGAUAUGUACUUGCAGCUUAUCCUAAUCCUUGCAGCGUUAAUAGAAGGGGAGGCUUAUUUAUGCUACGAGUGCACGUCCCUAGACGAUGGUUGGUGCACCGAGCACUUUGUGGGCAAAGACAUGUCUUCAUUCUCUCAUCAUGUUGUCAACUGUACUGGGGAUUGCAUGAAAAUGAUCGUCCGCGUCACGAGCGAUAAGUAUUUCUACGUCAGAACGUGUGACGUCAGCAAGGGCUUCUCCAAUGCGUGUUCGGUUGGCAGUUAUGUUUUGGGAAUUCCCACAAGCACAGUGUGCGUUUGUUCGGGAAAUCACUGUAAUGCUGCUGCCAUUUUCUACAGCAAUUCUGUUGUUUAUUUUGUUUCACUUACUUUUUUCCUCCUUGUUUACUUAUAGAUGAUUUUUUUUCUUCAACUCAUGAUUUACAUUUGUUAAUAAAGUUAAGAAUAUU